AUGAAGUGCCAUUACGAAGUUCUCGGCUUGAAUCUGAAUGCCAGUGAUGAAGAAAUUAAAAAAUCUUAUCGCAGGAAUGCUCUAAUUUGGCAUCCAGAUAAAAAUCCAGAUUCAUUUGAGGAGGCCCACAAGCAGUUUUUGCUGGUUCAGCAGGCUUAUGAUGUUCUGUCUGAUCCUCAAGAAAGGACUUGGUAUGAUAAGCACAGAGAUGAAAUAUUAAAAGGAGGCAAAGGUGACCAGUACGAAGAUAAGAGUUUGAAUGUCUUUCAAUAUUUUAAUGCCUCGUGUUACUCUGGGUAUGACGAUGAUGCCAAGGGAUUUUACAGUGUUUAUUCAGAAAUAUUCAAGCAGAUAUCAGAGGAAGAUAUAGACUUUGUUGAUCAUGAGCCUAACAUGAAACUACCUCCUCAUUUUGGGAGCUCUACAAGUCCAUAUGACGAAGUUGUGGGACCAUUUUAUUCGUACUGGGACUCAUACUCAACUGCAAAGACUUAUGUCUGGGUCGACCAUUAUGAUAUCCGACAAGCCCCUAACAGACAGAUAAGAAAAGCUAUGGAGCAAGAGAACAAAAAACUUCGAGAUAAGGCAAGAAAAAAUAGAAAUGAAGAAAUAAGGGUUAGACUUUCAUCGUUAUCAUUGGAACUGAUUGUUUUGCUAAUUUUUUUAUCUGAAAUUUUUAAUGAAAAAAAUUUAAUAUAUUUUAGGCGUUAG